AUUAGUGAAGCAACACGUCCGCACCGCGGGAACACGAGCGGUGAAUGCUAACUUUAAAAGUAUCUAUUUAUAUUAUCUAAAUUACUAAUAUUGUUCCAGAGUCAAGAAGCAUCAGCAAAGAUUUGUUCAUUCUUACUUCUUAUGAUGGCAUAUCAUCCUGAUUGUCAGGAAAAACUCUACAAUGAAAUAAAGAGUGUACUUGGAGAUUCUGAUCGUGAUGUCACCGACGAUGACCUCAAGAGAAUGCCUUAUCUGGAAAUGGUAUUCAAGGAGACAUUGCGCUUGUUCCCGAUCGGUGCCAUGUUACAAAGGACUGUGACAGAGGAUAUCGCUAUAUUGUCUGGAUAUCUACCUGCCGGUUCCUCUAUGACAGUUUCCAUCUUCCAUCUACACCGUGACCCGAGGUUCUGGGACAACCCUGAAGCAUUUGAUCCGGAGAGAUUCAACCCGGAGAACACAGAUCGUGGCCACAAUAACGCAUACAUACCAUUUAGCUUAGGACCUAUGGAUUGUUUGGGAAGAUAUUUCGGGACCAAACUAGUGAAGACAAUUUGCACGAGGAUACUACGCGAAUACGAACUGACUUCUCUGAGCACCUACAAAGACUUGCGCGUGACUAUAUGUAUAUCAGUAGUCGCCCUCGAUGGAUACAAAAUUACAAUGAAGCCGAGAAGACAAUGUGCUAAAUAA